GGGACGUGUGUCAUCCAACCGUGUCCAAGCACCGCGGGGGGAGGAGAGAGAGAGAGAGUAGAUGGACACAUAGACAGGACAAAUAAAUAAACAAACCACAAGGGGAAGGAGAAAAGGAAAUUCCGUCCUGUCUUUUUUUUUUUCCUCUUCCCGAGCAUCUUGCGCUGCGCAGUAUUGGCGACACCUCCGGGGAGCGGUGCGCAUUUUCUAUCGAGGAGACGACCACGGCACCGAAAGCGACAAUUUUUUAAUCCUAAACUAACAGAUCGAAGAGGAAAGAAACGUUGUGGUUUGUCAAACGGAAGGGAGACUAUUAUUUUUUAUUUAUUUAUUUUUUUAAUGCAAAGACGCGAGAGGAAAGGCAAUCAAACCUGAUGCCCCCUCCAAACGGGAUAUUUGACAGACCUAAGGAGAGCUGAUCAUUCUCUAAAUUCUUACUAUUAUUUCUUGGACGAUCGGUGAAGGUCUUUGCGCAUAUUUUUUCACUGGCCUAUUUUUUUUUUUAGAUAUUUGCUGCGGGCUGAGAAAACGCUUCCAUUGCCAGUUGAGUGUUACAUAACCGAGUGGCUUUAGCUGUCCAAGGUGCUGAACUGAGCGGUCGUAGCCUAAACGGGACGAGCCGUGGGGAAUUCACACCCUUGCAGGUCACAGGCCUAUCAGUCGGGGAAGAGGAACGCACCGGAUCCGCUUACUGCAUACUGGGAAAAAAAAAGACAUUGGGGUUCAUUUUCUAUUUUUCCCUUGUCCUGUGGUGAAAUAAAUUCCUAAAGUGGUCGAUUCAACGGAGAGAAAAUGUCGGGGCAAACGCUCACGGAUCGCAUUGCCGCUGCGCAAUACCAGCUAACGGGAUCAGAUAUGGCCCGGGCUGUCUGCAAAGCCACCACUCAUGAAGUGAUGGCGCCCAAGAAGAAGCACCUGGACUACCUGGUGUCAGCCACCAACACCACCAAUGUGAACAUCCCUCAGAUGGCUGAUACACUGUUUGAGAGGUCCACCAACGCCAGCUGGGUGGUCGUCUUCAAGGCUCUCGUCACUACUCAUCAUAUGUGUGUCCACGGCAAUGAGAGAUUUAUUCAGUACUUGGCUUCCAGGACUUCCCUGUUCAACCUCAGCAAUUUCAUUGACAAAACCGGCUCUCACGGCUAUGACAUGUCAACCUUCAUCAGACGGUAUGGACGAUACCUGAACGAGAAAGCCUUCGCCUACCGCCAGAUGGCUUUUGACUUCACCAGAGUCAAGAAGGGUGCUGAGGGUGUGAUGAGGACCAUGACUACUGAGAAGCUGUUGAAAGGCAUGCCUGUUCUGCAGACUCAGAUUGACACACUCCUGGAGUUCGACGUUCAUCCAAAGGAGCUGAACAACGGAAUCAUCAAUGCCGCUUUUAUGCUUCUCUUCAAAGAUCUGGUCAAACUGUUUGCAUCCUACAAUGACGGCAUCAUCAACCUAUUAGAGAAAUACUUCAAAAUGAAGAAGAGUGACUGUAAGGAGGCCUUGGAGAUCUACAAGAGGUUUUUGACCAGGGUGACAAAGAUUGGGGAGUUCAUGAAGCUGGCUGAGACAGUUGGAGUUGACAAAAACGACAUUCCUGACAUCAACUAUGCCCCCAGCAGUAUUCUGGAGUCUCUGGAAACACACAUGAACGGUCUGGAGGAUACAAAGGGUGGAAAGAAGGGUGAAGGCUCUCCUACAAAGGGAUCCCCAACAAACAACGUGUCUCCAACAUCAACUCCAGCCAAAUCUUCAAACGCUGUUCCUACACUGCAGCCUCCUCCUGGGGAGAGCGCCGGUGCCACAGCUGCUCCAGAACCAGCCGAAGAUUCUUUGUUGGACCUGGACCCACUCUCUUCCUCGGGUCCAUCGGCACCAUCAGCUGCCCCUACGUCCUGGGGAGACCUUCUCGGAUCAGAAAUGGGCGAUUCCUUGCUAUCUGAACCCACCCUCACGGCAGAGCCCGCCCCUUCCCCUGCAGCAGCAACGCCCACUCCAGCCGCAGAACCCGGAGUCUCUCUAGCUCCUCCCACUAGCACAGCAGCCGCCACCUCCCCUGGCGCCGCCAAUGUGGAUCUAUUGGGAGAUGCCUUUGCAACACCUGCUCCUGCCACCGAAGCCUCUGCAGCAGCAGCUGAAGGCGGGGCCGCUGCCACAUCUGCCCCUGCUGCUACCGGUGGAGCUGGAGCUGACCCCUUCGCUCCCUCAGAUGGUAACUCCAACGCAGCCUCUUCAGGUCUAGACCUUUUCGCCAUGAUGACAGUGGAGAAUAACCCCCCGGGUAGCUCGCUGGAUGUGUGUUUUAACUCUGUGGCGCCCCAGCUCUCCCCCUCCCCAUCCCCUUCCCCUUCACCUCUCUUCAGCUGUGCAUCCAGCACCAUCACCACCACUGCAACCAUUUCAGCUCCCGUAGCCCCCAGCUCCACCAACCCUUCGACCGACCUUUUCAGCGAUCUCUUUGAUUCUAUACCAGACACAAGCUUUACCAAAGCAGAUCCCGCUCCCAGUGUUGACUUGUUUACAGCAGACGUGUUCAGCUCCCCUGCCCCCAUCCUCUCCUCAGCACCCCCAACAAAAAUUGACACAGGAGCCAUCAUGAACCUGUUUGGUGAGUCCACAGGAGGAGACGCCCCUGCUGCUGCUGCCACUGCCACCGCCGCUGCGCCUGCUGCCCCCGGUGCUGAGCUCAUGUCAGUAUUUGAUGGAUUAGGAGAUGUAAUGAAGCCCACUGUGACGCCUCAGGCAGGUGAUGUUGACACCUCAAUGGCGAACAUGGCAAGUAAUCUCACAAUGGGAACUCCAGCGGCCCCUCAGGUAGCUCCCCCCAGUUGGGGUGCCCCCAUGGCCGGAGCACCAGGCGCUCCCAUGAUGCCCAUGGUUAGGCCAGGCUUCCCUGCUGCCGGAGCAGGCCCAGCCCCUGGAGCACCGAUGUCUGGUGCCGCCCAGAGCCCCAGAAAGCCCCCACCACCCAGGAAUGCUCUGGAUGAUCUCAACAUUAAGGAUUUUAUGUAGAUGGACAGACCUGUAAACUCUUAAGGUCUGUCAUUGUGUCUGGAACUCUGGUGAUGUGGAUGUCUGCACUCCCCCACUGCCUCCCCUCAGUCAUACCCCAGCUCCUUCAGCCAAUCAGCCAUCAACUCUACUAACUUUGCCCUCUGACCUUCUACCAGCCCCUAAAAGAACCCCUGCCCUUCCUAUCUAAUGUUGUAGCACAACUGUGAAUGUGAACCCUAGAUACAGAAAACGAAAUUCAGUUUAUGUGUGUGUGGGUGUGUGUGUAAUUCAGUGUUAACCUUUACUUAAUAUACUAUUGAAAAAUGAACAAAAAAAAUCAAAUAAAUGUGUAUUUAGAUUCAUUCUGAAUUUCCGCGUAUCAGCUGACUUGGAAUGGUGCAUACUGUGUUGGUUUCUUUGCGCAUCUCCCAGACGAGGACUGUGUUGUUAAAUGUGGACUGUGUUCGGUGUGCGUAACCUCACCUGCCAACCCCCUCCCACUCUUCUACUCCUGUUGUCCAAACUUAUAUUGAGCUAUGUGUUUAUGUCAUUAAAAACUUGGUUGUUCCUCUCUCUCUGCUUGGCCAUCCAUCCAUCCAUCCUUCCACCUGUCUACUUUCUGGAGAACAACAUCUGAUCAAAACGUAUCUGGAAACAACUUGCACUGCAAAUCUGGACGUAUCAUUGAACACACCAAAAGGUGUUCAGUUCAGUUUUUGUUUUUAUUUCAUCGUUUUUUAGGGGUUUUGUGUGAAACAUGCAAAAAUUUGUGAACUGUGUUCAAAUUGACAUAUGCAUUUUAGACUAUUUUGAUGAUAGAUUAUACAUAUUUUCUUUAAUCUUUAUUUUGAAAUGGAAAAAAAAUGUAUCAUAUAUUUUUAGUUAUGUCAACAAAUUAUAUGGUUGAAAAAAAA